GCACGUCUUAUGGAAGACGACGUCUCCUAGGUACCUCCUCCUCAUCUUGCAGUCUCCUUCUCCCCGCCCUGACGUCUCUCUGGAAUAAGAUCAUCAGAGCUGUUCCUAGAGAGAGUCCUCGCAUCCAUCCAUAGUUACACGGAGAACAUCAUGAAGCCUCUGGGACUCCUGCUCGUGAUUUGCUGCCUCGCUUCUACAGGUUUCUGCAUCUCAUGCAAAAGUUGCUGGCACAUGCUGGGCUCCCAGUGCAAUGGAUCAUCCGUGCCCUGCUCAUCAGAUCAAGUUUGUGUCGCUUCCUACACUCUUAUAUCAACAGUGACAUCAGAGACCCCACAAUAUACUUUAAGCUGUGGAUCGCGCUCGCAGUGCAAUGCGAACGGAAGCCUGACCUUCAACUACGGAAAAUUGAGGACGAGGACUUCAUGUUGUGAUACCAAUGACUGCAUUCCUCCCUUCCCUACCUUGCCACCAGUGAGCUCACAGAAGAACAAAUUGACAUGUCGGGCCUGUUUCUCAGACACCUCUGAUUACUGCUACACCGGUGAUACAAUUGAGUGCACCGGAGAUGAGAUGAAAUGUGGCCGUAUGGCCAGAAGACUGUCAGGAACAGUGACAAAAAACGAUGCCCUUCGUGGCUGUGCCACCAAAAGCUAUUGUGAAAUAUUUGGAAGCCAGACCUCCACUAUCCAAGGGUUAAACGUUGAUUCGAAGAUGUUCUGCAGUGACGGGGCACCCGCCCUCCAUGUUGGGCUCUUGGGUUCUAUAGUUGCCAUCUUGCUGACAAAGUUACUUUUUUAGAGUUAUUAUAAAUGAAGAAGUCUAUAAGACUGAUUGAUAUUUGACUUUUUAGCGCUCGAUGUAUAGAGAACUCCUUUAGGGUAUUUAAUAGGAUGGAGUGCCGAAAUUCUUAGUAAUGUCAUCAAAGCAAGUUCUUGUCUUGGUUUGAAAGACAUCAAAGACAUUGUCAAUGGGCGCACCUAGAUGAAGGUUCCACUUUUAUCAAAUGUGAAAAGUUAGUAGAAGUCAAAGGGAGGAAGGCAGUAUGAGUUAAAAAAAAAAAAA